AUGGUUACCUCUAGUACUAUCGACAUAAGCUGGCAAGUGGUAACCAUCACGGGUGCCAUUACGAUGCAGGUUACACAGAACGGUGAACAGUUCACCUCGAUUGUUCGCGAGUCGCGAGACGACACUAUCACAACGGCGGUCCAAGCCGCUAUUCUGGUACUCAGCAGGCGCGGCGCAUUUGCCUUUCUCAAUAACUACGCGACAUAUAUAUCCACCGCCACAGGCGGCCCGGCCAACCUUGAUGCCAUCUUCGAGCCAAUAAACGGUUCAGUCGAGGGCAUGACGCAGAACCUAAGUGGUACCGCGCUCAUCUCAAAGGAUAUCUUCACCAAUUGUAAAAACAGGGGUAUAUUAGGCUUCACAUCAGGUGACCUGUGUGACCUGAGUCGAUUUCUAUAUCGCCUGGUAAAGCCUGUGCAACGUUAUCCUAGAACUCCAGCCACUGAUCGGAUAAGCGAGAACAGCGGUCUAUCAUGGUUCGCCCUGUAUUGUUCGCAAUGCAUUGAAUACGCGCGUGCUUACAAGCAAGCUUCAGGCAAGGAGAUCAGCGGCGGCACCAGCAGAAGCAAAUUCACCGCAAGUAUUGCAGACGUCAAGGGACCAGCGAUGUUUGUUUCGGGAUCGAGUCGAAAUUUCCGUUAA